AUGGUCAAGCCAGUCACCUCUUUCGCACCGUCUCCGCCAGCAGCGCCGUCAACAAGCCCUGUGGCGAGCAGCUCCUCCCCAACGAAGCGCACCUUCCAAAGCACCCUCUUCAACGUCAAGUUUGGCGCCCAACGCAACCGUCUUCCGCCAACCAAGACGGACAGCAGCGUCGCAAAACGCACACGGUCACAGUCAGCAGCACAGGACGACGACAGCAUACAGGACGAGAAGCGGCCCAAAACGGAAGCCACUUCUGUCUCAACCGCACCUUCCGCCGCGCCCAAGUAUCACCAUCGAGGACCAUUCCAUCAGGUGACCCGCCCUGACUUUUGCUCCACCUACGCAAUCACCGACCUCCCCGACGCAGACAUCUACUACAAGCCCGACUUUAUCCCUCGCCGUCUCGCGGAGGAGUGGCGCUCGCAACUCGAUCGUUUACCCGAAUGGUAUCGACCGAAACUCAAAGUCUACGGACGCGAGAUCACGCAGAGUCGCGAAAUCGCAGCGUACGCCACGGCACCUGGUCUGCACCUCAAGUACAGCGGUCAUCCUGUCGAGCUGCAUGCACCUUUCCCUCCCUUGCUCAACCACAUCGCUUCGCUCCUCUCCUCACCCGACUGCCUCGGCGAAGAAGUGCGCUUCAACCACUGCAUGCUCAAUCGCUACGACGACGGAAGCAUCUACAUCGGCAAACACGCCGACAACAUCGAGAACAAGGUCAUUGUCACCGUCAGUCUGGGCGCAGAUCGGAGUUGGAUCAUGCAACGCAAGUCCCCGCGCAAAAAAGCCGGUGCCGCUUCUGAUACGGAGAUGGUCAAGAAACGAUGGACGCUGGCAGGUGGCAGUUUGUUGGUGAUGCAAGGUCAAACACAAAAGUUCUACACGCACGAGAUACCCAAGGAGCUCAAGGUCAAGACUCCCCGCAUCAGCAUCACUUUUCGACAGCUCGUCUACGACGAUUGA